UCUUUGUUUUCUAUCUUGUUGCUUGAUUCUCAUUAACAAGUUGCUCUUUAAUUUGGUUUUUUAAUUUUAAUUUUUUUUUCUUUUUUUUCACUGUGUUAUUUAAGUUGUAAUUGAACAUCAUGGGCGUUGAAGUAGAAACAAUUUCCGCUGGUGACUGUACCAAUUAUCCAAAAAGUGGACAAACGGUUGUCGUUCAUUAUACUGGAACUUUAACCAAUGGUAAGAAAUUUGAUUCUUCUCGAGACCGAGGAAAACCAUUUAAAUUUCACAUUGGAAAAGGCGAAGUAAUCAAAGGCUGGGAUCAAGGGGUCGCCCAGAUGAGCGUUGGUGAACGUGCUAAACUUACCUGUUCACCCGAUUUCGCCUAUGGAUCCAAAGGUCAUCCCGGAAUAAUCCCACCCAAUGCAACUUUGAUCUUUGAUGUUGAGCUUCUUGGUCUUGAGUAAAUCUUUCAACUCACUUCCGUUAACCUUUGGCUGAUUUCACCUUUUCUCAUAUCACAAUAUUAUUCUAUUCUUCCUCUUAUUUUUUUCAACCUUUUGAAUAUCUUUGCUUUACCCACGUGGAAAUCACAAUCAACUCGAGAGAAAAAAAUUAACCUGGUCAGUCCAACAAUUAGAUGAAAAUAAUAUUGCCAACAUUUGAUGUCUCCUCAUAUCAACUUUGAUCACAUUUGAUUGAAAGCUUUCUGAUUAACUUACAAUUAAUAUUAGAAAUUUAUGCCCAUAACUUACCAAUGCUGGAAAUUUUUUAAUAUUCAAUUCCCUCCGUUAACAAUUAGAUAAUUAGGUUAAAUCACUGUUUUCUCAAUGAUUUCAUAUCUAACUUGAUUGAUUUAAUUUUUGGAUCUUACAGCCAAUAAAUUGAUUUAAUUCAUUGAA